AUGGACAGCUUCCGCCCUGGGACGGGAAGCACUGCUGUCGAAGCCAAUUGUGGCAGAUUUCGAAGUCUACCUCCAUGGAUCGCUUCCUAUGAGGCAAAUGGCCCGCCUGCACCAGAACCACAACAGACCGUACCAAGCAGACCACCGCAGACCGCACAAGCCGACCACAACAAUGCGCCGGCACCACCGAAACGAAGGGUUUCCAGGGACGGCUUCGUGGCAUGGGACGCCGCCGAACCGUCCCAACCGUCCAUGCCCUUGAAGAAGAAGCACCUGGCGAUCAAGAGGAGAAGGCAGACCCAACGGGGAAAGAAGUGGGACCAUCUUCGAAAUGCCGAGCCGGUGAUCAUCCCGAAUCAUAUGAUGCGCUAUGCGGACUCGACAUCGCCGUGGACUGGGUUUGUGCAGGCCUCGAAGUACGGCCGAAUUCCCGGCGAGAGGUCGCAGCAUGUCGAAUCGGAGAAGCUCGAGGAGUUGAUGCCCGGAUUCAACGACGUCCGUGUCCCGCGCCUGCCCAACACCCUGGAGCAGCGGAUACGGAGGAGCAGGAGGCAGGCGCUGCACGAGCAGGUAUGGCGCCUGCUUCUUAACAACCCGCUGGUGCCUGCCCUGCUGAGGCUGUUCGUCCUGGUGACGUCGGCCAUCUCGCUCGCCUUCUCGGGCAACCUCUGGCUGCUGUACAGCGAUAGGGCGGGUGGUCCGGGGGCAACGCUCCGUUCUCAGUGGAUUGUGGCUAUUGUGGUAGACUGUAUUGUCAUGCCAUAUGUGUGUUACAUGACAUGGGACGAGUACAGAGGCCUGCAGCUGGGGCUGCGAUCGCCCAUGCAGAAGGUGUCGCUCACCUUGAUGGAUCUGUUCUUUAUCAUAUUCAAGUCGGCAAGCACCACGUUGGCUUUCGACUCUCUGAAUAUCAAUAACAGUCCUAGGGAUCAGAAUGUCAAGAUGAAGGCUUUGGCUUCGUUCCUGCUUCUCGGUCUGUUCGGGUGGAUCCUAAACUUCACGGUGAAUGUGUUUAGGUUGGUUCGAAGACUGGGAGGAGAAGAGGACAGGAGACCACUUUCAUAA